UGUCCAUCACCAGCAGUCUGAACGUAACCUCACCCAACGACAGAAUAGAAGUGUGUUGUAAAGUGUAAAAAAGAGAGAAAAAAAAGUGUAAAGAAAAGAAGCAUCUCAUUGUAAACUUUCAAAGAAGGUUAUUUCGUACAGAACUGCGUCGUCGACAUGAGGUUUCCCCACAGGACAGUAAAGAGAAAGAAGUGAAAGAAACUGAAAAAGAAAGAAAGAAAAAAAAGUGUUUUGAAAGCCUGCCUCUCUUAUUGUAAACGUUCACAAAAAAGGUGUUUAUUCCCUUCAGCAUAGCACCUCCAGCAUGAGGUUUCCACACAGCAGCAUAGUGAUAUCAACAGCGACGCUUUUACUGCUGGCAUCUCCUGGCACUCAAGGAUCCGGUGCCCCCUGCAACGCCCGCAACUUCGGCCAGGAUAGCGUGGUGUGCGUCUGCUCUGCCCGCGGGUGUGACCUCCCCGGCCGGCUGACCCUUCCUGACCCCGGCCACUUCACCGUCGUGACCUCGUCUCGCGAUGGCCUCAGGUUCCACGCGGAGACGAAGGAGGUCGACGAUUUUGGAGAGGAAGAAGCAGAAGACCCGAAGGGCACGACAACCAUAGAAGUGGACUUGGACGACCGUCGGCAGGUGACGCUCGGUUUCGGCGCCGCCUUCACCGACGCUUCGGGAAUCAACCUCGCUGCACUUUCCCCCGACGUCCGAGAGAUGGCGCUGAGGUCCUAUUUCUCUCCUGAGGGUAUUGAGUAUGAUCUCAGCCGCGUCCCGAUCGGUAGCUGCGACUUCUCCGUGAAGCCAUACUCUUACGCGGAAGUCGAGGGCGACGUCGAACUCGAACACUUCAAACUGGCUCAGGAAGACUUUCUAUACAAGAUUCCCCAGCUGCGUCGUGCCCAGGAGCUGAGCGAACGUCCCCUGAGAGUGUUGGGGUCCCCCUGGUCUCCUCCCACGUGGAUGAAGACCAAUGGUAAACACAACGAGUCGGGUCAGCUGAUCCGGGAGAUGUGGCGACCCUGGGCCGACUACCUCGUUAAGUUCGUGAAAGCGUACGAGGAGGAGGGCAUACCUAUAUGGGGUAUCACGACACUGAACGACCCCCUUAGUGGUUUUGAUCCGACCUUCAAAUGGAACAGCCUUGGGUGGACGAAUGAAAGUAUGCGGGACUGGAUCAAAGAGAGCUUAGGACCCGCAGUAGAAGAGGCAGGACUCCGGGAUCGACUUCGUGUCUUAAUUAAUGAUCAAAGCCGCGAUCAUCUCUCGUGGUAUCCUCAUGCUACCCUCGAGGAUCCCGACGCGGCUCGGUACGUGAGUGGCGUGGCCGUGCACUGGUACGCCGACUCGCAAGUGGGCCCCGGUGUGCUGGACGAAAUUCACGAUUCCUUUCCUGAUAAAUUCCUUCUGUAUUCUGAGGCGUGUACAGGUAAGGGAAAAGGGAGGUUGAGGUACUUUUUGAAUUGUAGGUUUAUUGUUCAGACACACGCAUGCACAUACGCGGAGAAAUACACUUAG